CACGUGAUAACGUAUCGCACCUACACCCUUAUAUUGAAGCCCGCAGAAGGAAGAACACCCCCACAGGCAUGAGAACCUGGAUGCCGACAUCCUCCAGAAGUAUGGGUGACGGUAUCGUUGGAGAAGCUUCUCACAAUUCAUUACCAACCUUCUUCCUGACGAACACAUGGAUAUUUCAGCGGCCAUGCGAUUCUUCGUUCGACAGUAAUUUGAGCGCGAGGCUCAUAGAGCACUAUAUUGCGCGGACAUCGCACGAUCUCGUCCCUGCAGCGGAUUCCAGGUCUCGAAGAUCCACCCCUUUCUCCGACAUGCCCUUGCCGCAAUCUCUGGCUUGCAUCUAUGUCGGACGAGCUCCGUGA